AGUCCAGACAAUUAGUGCCCACGCGCAUUGCAUUAUCCGACGGCCCUUUACGCCGUUUAAGAAAGUCUGUUUCUCCUUCCCUCGCAGUAAUUUCCCGCAUUCCUAUACAGCCGCCGACCGGCCGCUUCCCCUCCACCUCUAGUUUUCCACUGAACGGAAAAUCCGACCGCGUCCACAGUCAUACAUUUUCACGUUUAGUUUGGUCACGUUAACUGCGGUCACGAGUUCGGACAUGUUUCAUACGGUGGAAGACGCCAACCAUAAUAUCUACUGUUUGUCGUGAAACCCGGCACAAAUGGGCGUCAAGUAUUUUUACUCGCUGUCCGCGGUCGCUUGUUUCACGGUGGUGUGCGUCAGUUGUGAUUUAUCGUCGUCGGUCGAAGAGGAAACGGCGGCCGCGUCUUACGAGGAAACGAAAAGGUCGCUGUACGACGAUGACAGUGCUCUGGAGGCGACCCAUGUGGACGGUGGCUCCAGCGACCGGCAGCUGAAGAGGUUCAUCGUGCCGGUCAGCGCUUCGGACCUGGGGCUCGAGACUUCCAGCUCCAGGCCAUACUUCAUGCACCAGCAUAUGCAGCACUACAAACACCCCCGGAACCAGCAGCAGCAGCAGCAGCAGCAGCAACACCACCAGCACCACCACCAACACCCGCAGCACCAACAGCAACUGCAACAUAAUCAUCAACAACAACAGCCGCACCAACAGCAGCAGCAUCAGCAGCAGCAAUCGCCGCAGUCGCAGCAACAGCACCAUUCGCAUCAGUACUACCACCAAGGUCGGGGACAGUCGGCCGCCGAUCACUUUGGGUUCGGGCCUUCGUCUCCGGGCAGCACUGGCGGCGGUGGAGGCGCUGGUUACACGGAUCCUUCAGACAGCUUUUACCAGUCGUUGGGUGGUGGAGGCGGCGGUGGAGGCGGCGGCGGCGGCGAGAACAUGAACUUCGACACGACCGGUUUCACAGACUUUGUGCCGUCCGUCGAGUUCCGGUCGACCGGUGCACCGGCCAUGCCGUCAUCUUCGUCACCAUUUUCCGCUUCGCCACAACACCAAUCGUCGUCGUCGCCGUUUACCGGGCCGGCGUCACAACUCCAUCACUCGUCACUAUUCGACGGUGGUUCGAGUGGUGGUCACCAGCAGCACAUGACUCCGUCGUUCGAUCCGACCGAUUUCGGUCAGGACUCUCCUUUAGCCGGUUAUGGAGGUGGCGGUGGCGGCGGUGGAGGCGGAGGCGGUGGUAGUGGAGCUUCGGGCUACGGUUCGGGCGGUUACGAUUAUGCGCCACACAACCUGGCUCCAGUCAUACACAAGUCGAUAUACGUGCACGUGGCACCACCUGACGACGAUCCGCCACGCAAGCAGCGCGUCAUCCUACCCAACGUGACGCCCAAGAAGAACUAUCAGAUAGUGUUCAUCAAGUCACCCACCGCGCCAUCACCCACCGCACCCAUCAUACCGCCGCCGCCGCCUCAGCCCGCCGACAAGACGCUCAUCUACGUGCUGCACCCCAAGCAGGAAGAGGCGCCGCCCAUACACAUACCGCCGCCGCCGGUCACGCAGCCGCUCAAGCCCGAAGUAUACUUCAUCAAGUACAAGAAUCGCGAAGAGUCGCACGGCGGUGGAGGCGGCGAUUACGGGGCCGGGCACGGGGGCGGUGGGGUGGGUGGCGGUCUGCCGUCGCCGGGCGAAGAGUUUGGUGGCGGUGGCGGUGGAGGUGACACUUCCGGUUACGUGCACCGGAGGUACGGGCGAGGGGACCAGCACUCUCCGACACCGCCGUCGACCGCCGCAGCCUCCACCGCCGACGCAGCCGCCUCCACCACUGCCGGAGCGACCUCCACGGAACACUACGACGACGGUGACGGCAUGACGCCGGAGCAACGGGAACUAGUCGAGGCUGAGGUGACAUCUGCGGCCGCCACCUCCUCGGCCUCCAUCUCCACCGCGGCCGACUCAGGCCCAGAGACGUCCGACGAGAACGCCGACGAACUGAUGCUCCGGGGCGGCUACAGCACAGAGUACAACGACGCGUCCGUCGACAGCACAAAUCUAAGCGAGACCCAUGUCCAGCUGUCCACCACCGCACCCAAAGGCAAAAACGGCCAUUGAUGUACACUAGAUUGUAUCAUUUUAGUUUAUUCGUGUAACCACGCAUACUAUAGGUUAGAUAAUAAUAGUUAAAUAAUAUCCACAUCACAAAUAUGUCGUCUGUAAAAUGUAUACAAUUAUAAAAACCUAUAAUUAUAACGUGCGUUAUAUUAUAUAAUCGUGUAUAAUUCAACGAAUAUAGGUAUCGUACUAUAUAUUAUGAUAAGUUUUCUGUAUUCAACUUUAUGUGUAAAGAAUAUAUUUUUAAAAAUAAUAUAAUGUAUUAAUAUUGUA